UAAAAAUUACUCGUAAGAAAAACUCAACUGCAAUCAGCGAUCAGAUCGGAUGACACAUCUAUUCACUGGGGGCCAGCCCCGCCCCGCGGCGGUCCACUGGGCCAUUUGGCUGAUUUCUCUGUGCGCCUUCACAAGUCUGUUGGACAUCUGUCGAGCCGAGCGGACCAAUGUGGGUCUUAUUUAUGAAAACACUAACCCCGAUCUUGAGAAAAUUUUCCACUUGGCCAUUGGCAAGGCGAAUGAGGAGAAUGAAGAACUUAAGCUCCAUGGCGUGGCCGUGGCCAUUGAGCCGAGCAAUGCUUUUGAGACCUCCAAGAAAUUAUGCAAAAUUCUAAGGCAAAAUUUGGUGGCAGUCUUUGGACCCACGACAAAUCGAGCAGCUCGUCACGCACUGAGCAUUUGCGAUGCCAAGGAGCUACCUUUUCUGGACACACGCUGGGACUUUGGUGCCCAGUUGCCCACCAUCAACCUGCAUCCGCAUCCAGCGCAAUUGGGGGCUGCGCUCAAAGAUUUGGUUACUGCCCUAGGAUGGGAGAGCUUCACCAUCAUCUACGAGUCGGGAGAGUAUCUGGUCACAGUCAAUGAGCUGUUGCAGAUGUAUGGCACAGCUGGUCCGACCAUAACACUUCGUCGCUAUGAUCUAGAUCUCAAUGGCAACUAUCGCAAUGUGCUGCGGCGCAUACGCAACUCCGAGGACGAUUCAUUUGUGGUGGUUGGAUCGAUGGAAACGCUGCCCGAGCUCUUCAAGCAGGCGCAGCAGACAGGCCUGCUGACCAGCGACUAUCGCUAUAUCAUUGGGAAUCUUGAUUGGCACACCAUGGACCUGGAGCCCUAUCAGCAUGCCGACUCCAACAUUACCGGGUUGCGCUUCGUUUCACCAGAGAACGGGCAGGUGCUGGAGGUGGCUAAGGCAUUGUACGAGAGUGAAGAGCCAUUUCAAAAUGUAUCGUGUCCUCUGACCAACAGCAUGGCCCUCAUCUACGACGGCAUUCAGUUGCUGGCCGAGACAUACAAACAUGUUAACUACCGACCCAUGCCCCUGAGCUGUGGGGACGACAGUGCCUGGGACAAGGGCUACACGCUCGUCAACUAUAUGAAGUCGUUGUCGCUCAACGGCCUCACGGGCCCCAUUCACUUUGACUACGAGGGACUGCGCACGGAUUUCCAGUUGGAGGUCAUCGAGCUGGGCGUCUCGGGCAUGCAGCAAAUUGGGCAGUGGAGCACUGAGGCCGGCUUUGAAAUGAAUCGUCCCGCACCAGCACAUACCCUCGAGCCAGAUAUGCGGUCGCUGAUGAAUAAGAGCUUUGUGGUAGUCACGGCCAUUAGUGAACCCUAUGGCAUGCUUAAGGAAACCGCCGAGAAGCUGGAGGGCAACGCUCAGUUCGAAGGAUUUGGCAUUGAAUUGAUUGAUGAGCUCUCGAAGAAGCUUGGCUUCAGCUACACCUUUUAUUUGCAGCCGGACAAUAAAUAUGGUGGCAUAGAUCCCAAAACUGGCGAAUGGAAUGGCAUGCUACGCGAAAUAAUAGACAACCGCGCUGACAUGGGCAUAACUGAUUUGACCAUGACAUCGGAGCGGGAGAGCGGUGUGGAUUUCACGAUUCCCUUUAUGAAUCUGGGCAUAGCAAUUUUAUUUCGCAAGCCGAUGAAGGAGCCCCCCAAGCUGUUCUCGUUUAUGUCGCCCUUUUCCGGCGAGGUUUGGCUUUGGCUGGGUCUCGCUUACAUGGGCGUAUCCAUCAGCAUGUUUGUUCUGGGCCGCAUGUCGCCAGCCGAAUGGGACAAUCCAUAUCCUUGUAUAGAAGAGCCCACCGAGCUGGAGAAUCAAUUUAGCUUUGCCAAUUGCCUAUGGUUCUCAAUUGGUGCGCUGCUGCAGCAAGGAUCCGAGCUGGCCCCCAAAGCGUUCUCUACGCGUGCCGUGGCAUCUUCUUGGUGGUUCUUUACGCUGAUUUUGGUUUCCUCCUAUACGGCGAACCUUGCCGCCUUUCUCACUGUCGAAUCGCUCGUGACGCCAAUAGAGGAUGCCGAAGACUUGUCGGAGAAUAAAGGCGGUGUCAAUUAUGGUGCGAAAAAUGGUGGCAGCACCUUUACCUUCUUUAAAGACGCAAAAUUUCCCACGUACCAGAAAAUGUACGAGUUCAUGAAAGACAACCCCCAAUAUAUGACGAAUUCGAAUCAAGAAGGCGUCGAUCGCGUCGAGAAUAGCAAUUAUGCAUUCCUCAUGGAGUCCACAACAAUUGAGUACAUCACAGAACGGCGUUGCACACUGACCCAGGUGGGGGCACUCCUAGAUGAGAAGGGCUACGGGAUUGCCAUGCGAAAGAAUUGGCCUUACCGCGACGUCUUGAGCCAGGCGAUACUCGAGCUGCAGGAGCAGGGCGUGCUAACCAAAAUGAAGACCAAGUGGUGGAAGGAGAAGCGUGGCGGUGGCGCCUGCUCGGAUGCAGGCGGAGAGGCUGGCGCAGUGGCCCUCGAGAUAAGCAAUCUGGGCGGCGUUUACUUGGUGCUGGGUGUGGGCGCCGCCUUCGGUGUAUUUGUGUCCCUCCUGGAAAUGUUGCUGGGCGUCAAGGAGCGCAGCAAUGAAAACAAGGUCAACUUCAAGGACGAACUUCUGGAUGAAUUGCGCUUUAUUAUACAAUGUUCGGGAAACACUAAGGCGGUUAAGUAUCCCAAGAACUCGGGCAGCUCACACUCGAGUGGCAGCUCCAAGUCAAAGGGAUCAUCUCUAUCUGUGGACACUUUACCUGAUGAACCAUCUGAUGCUGAUGUGGAGGCAGUCAGGGUUAAGCGCGGAAAUGCUGCAAAAAAUUAGACAUUUAAUUUUAGUACUACCAUGAAAGUUUGUUUUCAUAGCUAAUAAAAUUGUUAAAAAGCUUUCCAUUAAGCUUUUACGGAGAGCUUAAUAG